GGCGGCUCUGCAGGCGUGGCUGGGAGCGCGUCGCUGAGGCGGGUUGGGCUCGCCGCAGACCUCUGGGAGGGCGCUUGCUUGGGUUGAGAUACCCAGUCACUGUUCCCUGCCUCAGUGAGCUGAGCUACCAUGACAGGCAGCUACUAUGUCCCGGUGCUCCUGGCGGCCUGGCUCGGGGCGGCAGCGGCGGAGGGCCUGGAGCAGGCCGCGCCGCCGGUGGAGGAGAGCCGGGUGCAGCCCAUGACCGCCUCCAACUGGACGCUGGUGAUGGAAGGCGAGUGGAUGCUGAAAUUUUAUGCCCCGUGGUGUCCAUCUUGCCAGCAGACUGAUUCUGAAUGGGAGACUUUUGCAAAGAAUGGAGAAACACUCCACAUCAGUGUGGGAAAGGUAGAUGUCAUUCAAGAACCAGGUUUGAGCGGCCGCUUCUUUGUUACCACUCUCCCAGCAUUUUUUCAUGCAAAAGAUGGGAUAUUCCGCCGAUACCGUGGCCCAGGUAUCUAUGAAGACUUACAGAAUUACAUCUUAGAGAAGAAAUGGCAAUCAGUUGAGCCUCUGACUGGCUGGAAGUCCCCAGCUUCUCUAACGAUGUCUGGAAUGGCUGGUCUUUUUAGCAUCUCUGGCAAGAUUUGGCACCUUCACAACUAUUUCACAGUGACUCUUGGAAUUCCUGCAUGGUGUUCUUACAUCUUUUUCAUCAUUGCCACUUUGGUGUUUGGCCUAUUCAUGGGUCUGGUCCUAGUGGUGAUCUCAGAAUGCUUCUAUGUGCCUCUUCCAAGAGUUUCAUCUGAACAUUCUGAGCAGGACCAGAGGCCAGAGGAGGUAAAAGGAGCUAAGCAGCUGCAGGAUGCAGAGGAAGAAAAGGAUGACUCAAAUGAAGAAGAAAACAAAGACAGUCUUAUGGAUGAUGAGGAAGAGAAAGAGGACCUUGGAGAUGAGGAUGAAGCAGAGGAAUAUGAGGAAGAGGAAAACCUGGCAGAUGGCAUGGAUGAAGAGCGAAGUGACGCUAAUGAUGAAGGAGCACUGCAGGAACGCAGUGUGUCCCUGGAGGAACUUGAACCUGAUGAAGCUCAUUCAGCUACCACACAGGAGGCGGUAGAAGACUCACUGAGGCAGCGCAAGAGUCAGCAAGCAGACAAUGGACCAUAGAUUUCAUGAUGCUAUUUCUAAAACUACAGGCCAGAAAAAUGCAUCUGCUUCCCUCUGGUCUUCAGUUUAAACCAAAUCCUUAGUUUUUAUUUAUUUUUUAAUUUUUUUUCUGAAAGAGCAAUGUUCACUCUUAGAAGAUGAUCUCUGGUCCUGUGGUCACAUUGUUGUAAACCUCUGUGUCCUAAAGAGAGUCAGGGAGAGCAUUCAGCCACUAUGGAGUAAGGAUCUCGUGGGGAUUUAGGUGGAGAACAAGUUGAUAUAUUUGAGGGCCAAAGAGUCAACCAGAGGACUCCUCUCCGGUCCUCCAUAGCACCUUUAGAAAUGAAGCUACUGUAUUAAAAGGAGUGAGAGCAAAACCACAUUACUCCUGAGCAUCCUUGGAGUUCAGGAAGAGUCUUUAUUGUUAAGCAUUUGUUUUUGUCAUGUAAGAAACAUUGGAUACCACAUCCCCCCAAACACUUUCUCUUGGGGCUAGAAAUUCUAGAGAUCUUGCUAUAGAUACAACUUAAAAGGAUGAGGAGGAGGAGAAGAAAAAGAAGAAGAAGAAGAAGAAGAGGAAGAGGAAGAAGAAGAAGAAGAAGAAGAAGAAGAAGAAGAAGAAGAAGAAGAAGAAGAAGAAGAAGAAGAAGAAGAAGAAGAAGAAGGAGUCAUCUGAACUCUUUUGGUCUCUGUUGUCUUUUAUUUCUUACCUUUAAUUUCUGUGACUUCUGCACUGCUGGACUGAGGACUACCACAUUUCCUAAUUACUCUAUAGUAAGAGCAGCAGACAGCAGGGGUCUGUCUCCAUUACUCUUAUUCGACUUAAAGCUGUAGGUAAUCAAUCAUGGCUGAUGAGGCUAAAACUCCCAAGGAUCUCAAAGCACAUGCUGUAAUCUUUGGCAAUUCAAAAGGUAGUAGGGGUUUAAUAGGACAGGUGUAAACAAAGCACAAAUGGUUUGGUCAGCCUGUAGUACUUUCAGGAGAACUUAUUCAAGGGUUUCUUUAGCCAUGUUCUUUGUUUUUUUUUUUUUUUUAACCCAAAGGGCUUUGUCUUGUCAUUACAAGAUAGUUCUGUGAAGCUGACUUUAGGUCUGUGUUGUUUAGUUUCAUAUCAAGGGGUUCUCUGCCUCUGGAACCACUUUAAUAGUAACUGGAAAACAUGUUUGCUUUUCUUUUAGUGAUGUGCUUUUGGUGAAAAUUGAUGAAAGUCGGUAUCAAGAGAUGAAAGAUUUGAUUUUGUUUCCAUCUCCCUUAAUCCUCUAGAGAAUUGUAUUGUUAUAAAUUUCCCCCUACUCAAUCUGGUGUCAGUUAUCAAGGGAACCAGCUUCUUUAAAAACAUCUCUCCACCUCCUCUCCUACCCUUUCAUAUCUUUAGAAUAGAUUCAUAAAAUUAGAUUCUAGAUGUAUGAAAGAUGCCUAAAGUCAGUCUUAUACAAAACCCUCGGGUUGCGUCAGAAUAAUGAGUACAGGUUUGUGAAAUUCAAGAUGUUUCUGUCAUUUUAAGAAGGGAUAUGUAGUAUGUUUCUCUGACUGUUUAGAUAACCUUUUCUCUGCAUUAGCUGCCAUCAGGAGGCUCCAUGGUGGUAGAGGUUCAGAAUCUGCCCACCUGUACUGCAUGAGGCUGCUACAAACCUUGCACAAAGGCAGAUUUCAUUGGGACAAUUCAUUCUCUAUAAAUGUUUUUAUUUCAUCUUUGUAACUUAGUUAGCUGUCAACUCAAGGCUGAGGCCAUCACAGAACUGAAGUAUUGGGAGACCUUUCUGCCCUCCCUUGUUCCUGCCCUCUGACAUAUCUUUACUCAAAAGAGCCUGGUUCUGUGGUGGCUGUUAUCUUCCUGCUGGAGCUGAGAUGUAGCUUCUCUUCUGCCCGUGCCUUUCCUUCCCUUGUAAUCAGAUGCAUGGUGUGCUCAAGGAAUAAAUCCAGCUCAGAGUAGUGGGCAAGGGAAGGCUCCGUGUCUCUGCUUUGUGUAGUACCCCUCCUUCCUCUAAUUGAAGUACUGGGUUUUACUGGGAUGCUUGACCAGAGGGAAGGCUUGAAGAAUUAAUCUGCCCUGGCUUUUAGGAAUGUUUCAAAACCUGUUUCUAACUGGACUCCAAAUAGUACCUAAUUGUUCCAUGAGAUAUUAUGUUUCCUUUCUUAAUAAUAUUUACAUAAAUAGGAGGGUUGGGAGAGUCAUUGAGAAGAGGGUCCAGUUCAGUAAAACUUUAUUCAUCUAUAGGAAGCAUUUUUCCUAGCCUUUCCCCUUUUUAACAUCCUGGCAAAAAUUUGGUUUCCAGUAAAUAGUCAAGUAUCUACUUAUCUAAUAUAAUUUAUUUCUAUUUGAAGACUUUGGUUUAUUUUCAAUACUUAGAUGAUAUAAAAUUAAGGAGAAAAGUCAACUUAAAUCAGAUCAGUAUUAAUAUACUUUAUUUUUGUGUACAUAAUAAAUUUAAUGCAGAAGCUAAGUGCAUGGAAACAUGAUUACAUAAAACAAAACUAACUAUGCUUCUCCUCCAUGGCCAUAUUUGCUAUUUAAUUGUAGAAUGCUAUUUUCUGUAUGUUAAAAUCGGCGAUAGUGGAACAAGAGUGUACAGUGUUUUGUGUAUAGGUAGUUAGAGUAAGGUGCCUUGUUCUUUGUUGGAAUAUCUGAGAAUUCCACUUACCUCUUUUUUUUUAUUUCUUUUACUCUGCCUCGACUGUUCUGAACCAUGCCAGAUAGCUUAGAAUCUCAUGGAGGCAAUGCACAGGCAAUUUCAGUUUUUUGUUGUCAUUUGUUUGUUUUGAGGAUAAUCAUGGAACAGGUAAGGGAUAGCUCAUUCACUUCACAACCAUUGAACUGCAUGGCAAUCACUACAAUCUCAUCUUGUACCUAGGAUCUAUACCUGGUAUCUAUAAUGACUAGUGCAAUAGAAGGCAAACACACUUGAGACAGAUCAGCUUGAGACAGUAGAGAAAGCCACAUAUAUUUAAUUUUUAGGUCCAAACCCCUGGCUGAUAAUUAAUAUAUUGUCCCAUGAUUUGAGUGUAUGUAAGCUUGAAUAAGUGUCAGUUGAAACAUCGUUGGGGGAGGUGAUUAAAAUGCUAGUUAAGGAAUCUCUGCUGUGCGGCAUUUUAUAAGAUGAGGAACAAUACAGUCCAAAGGGAAGUUUUAGAGGAUUAGAAAGGGUGAAUGAUAUUUCUGCAUAAACCCUAAGUGUGAAGUGAGAGAAAGAGGGGAGAUUGGUGCUUUUGCUGGUGUGUGCAGUUUUUCUGUGUUCUUUCAGUGUCCCACUGCUAUUUCUGCCAGUAUUGUAUGUGUGUGACUGACUAACCUGUCAGACCUAUCAAGUGUUUGGAAGGCAUUUGUGUAAGUCUUGUGCCAACAGGGACUCUCCCAGUGUUGUGUCUCUUUACCGCAUUCUUGAAUUUGAUCCUCUUGAGAUUGUAGCUUGUCUGACAGCAGCCAAGGUGGAGUCUGAUGGAAUCUGCUGGGUCAGUUCUUUGAGCAGCUGCCCAAAUCAGGAGGUUCAACUGAGAAACCUUGGACAGCUUCAGCCCAGCACAUAGGCCUCAGAGGCAUAUUCUCUAAAGUGUGUAGACUGUGAUUCUGUUCACAUGUGACUUUGACUUGUUUCUAAUGUGGUUGAAUUUUAUUUGUUUCAAGACAGCUUUGUAGAAAUUUAAUUGUUAUACUAAAAAACUUCAUGUGUAAGUCAAUACAUUAUAAAAUGGUUGUGUUUAUUCUUUAUAUUAGUUUUGAUUAUUUAUCACAGUGUAUUUAUUUUCUUUACCUAUGUAUUCUGUGUUCUCUCAAAUAGAUGUGUAGCAACUGAAAUGAAAAAUCAUUGUAUCAUUUCAAGAACUACAUUGCCUGCAUUACAAAUGCUCUGAUCAGGGAAUUGUACAUAACCCUGAACCUACAUACUGCCAGUUGAUUGUCAAGUUCCAUUUGUGUCAAAACCAAUUAAUGGUAGUGAUGACCAAGUGAAACAGAAUGUGUACUGCUUUUUUCAUAUAAGUAUUUUCACACGAAAAGAAUUUGAGGAGGCAGUUGAAAAUAUUACUUUGUUAAGAAAACAA